AUGGCUUCUUCAUGGGAUCUUUUGGAUCCCGAGGAAGAGGUUGAGCUUCACAAGACUCGCCUGCUUAACGUGGAGGAGAAGCCCUUCAAACGAAUCACAAAGCGCCUUAACACUAUAUCACAACUUCUUCUAUCACCCGAUACUGUCCCUAACGGAGCCAACACAGCCGAAGGCAUCAAACCUAAACUUCAUCAGCUCAAAGAGGACGUGAAUCUCGAUUUCGACGCUUUUGGCAGCAGUAUUACUCGUAUGCAAUUCCUCCACGACGCCAAUGUAAAGGAGCGCGAGCGCUACAGGACCGACCAGCAUCGUAUCCUUGCCGAUUGCCAGGAUGUCCGACAAAACAAUAUCAAACUCAGAGACCAGCUAGAGGCCGCGCAAGCCACGCUCGCACAGCGCAAAAAGUUUGACGAGCUAGCAGAGAAGAUCACAUCAAACCGCAUGCUCAGGCCGCGGGAGGAUCAGAUUAUUAACCUAGUCAAACUAGAGGACGAAUGUCGGGAGCUCGAGCGAGAAAGCGAAACCUAUAGUGAGACUUGGAGGGAACGACGAGAACAGUUCAACAGGAUUAUGGAGGAAGGAAUGCUCUUGAGGCGACAAAUUCGCGACGAAAAGGAAGAGGUCGAUCGAAGAGAGGGUAUGAAUGAGGACGCUGAGGAUGAAGCCGAGGUGGACAAGGUUGGCCAGACACCAAGGAAUGAGCCCAGCGGCAACGCAACACCUCAUCCGGAUGGAGACAGCCAGACCAAGGCUGAUGCUGACGCCGGAACACCCAAUCCAGACGCUCUCAACGGAGGGAGAACACCAAUGAGAGAUACACCAGGCCCCGACACGCUUAAGCCGCACUCUAGUCGCAUUGGAAGGGGAGACAGCCAGGCACCUAGCAGAGAUGCUUCACCCAUACCACCGAACGAUGAGCACAAGGCCGAGUCAGGAGAGGACAUUGACAUGGAGGAUUCUGAGACUGGUCGGGUGCAUGAGGACGGAGGAGCAACCCCUCAAGUAAUCGUGGAGCCGCCUGAAGAAGGCGAUGACAAGAUGGAGGUGGACAAUUAG